UUGAUUUCGAGCACUGCUGCUACCCAAAAAUCCCUAUCGUCUUGCUCUCUCGCUCUCUUUCGCUCCGAUAAAUCUCUCUCACCUUAGCCCUGAUUCCCUCAACUCCACCAGUUUCGUAACAUGAAGCUCCUUCUGAAUCAAGCUCGCCGCCACUACAGCCUUUACUCACCGUCUCGAUGCCUCCAGAUCAGAUGCUUCUCCUCUGAUCAGAACCCCACAACCGCCGAAAUUGAGAAUCCCCGAUCUUAUGGAGGGCCACCGUUGCAACAAUCACCACGGCUGUCGCCGAGUGAGAACAUGCGUUCUCUCAUGGAUUUUACCGGGAUAUCGGGAUACGUGAUGGCUCGUCCUACCGCCCCUAAUCCCAGACUGCCUUUGGGUUCUUCUGAGGAUGAGAAGAUGGUUCUUCCUACUGUCCCGAAAUCAAGAGUCCCUUUCGGUUCUUCUGGGAAGGUUUUCAUGGAGGCAUUAGAGGGCCGACAUUAUCAACAUGUGUCUGGAUCAGAAAAACCUUCAGCACUGUCCACCCGCAACUGGUACCACUCCAUAAUCCGGUCACACCCUCCCUCGACUCCCCCUAGAUUUGGGAAUAAUUUCGCAGCUCAGUUUGCUAGUUUCAGUACAGCAGUUGGAAAUACAGAAGUGACAGCUAAUACCAUGAAUACGCUCCGCCCAUUAUCUCCUCAUCUUCCUAUUUAUAAGCCACAGCUUAGUUCAACCGUUUCUAUUUUCAAUAGAAUUUCUGGGGCUUCACUAGCUGCUGCAUUUUUUGCUUUUCAUCUUCUUUGUCUGAAAAUGGGUCCAAUUUGCUUCACCUAUUUUCCUUUCUACAAGAUCUUCUUUUAUACAUCACAACUUGCCCCUUCCUUCGCUGGGAUUGCUUCCUUAGCCCUGUCCUAUCAUACAUUUAUGGGGAUUCGUCAUUUCUUGGCGGAAUCCUCUGGAUUUCGCUUUCUUAGAAUUGGGGGGAAAUGAGCGAAAUGGCUGUUCAGGAUUUCACCUAAACUUUUUUGGUUCAAUAAAAAUGAGACUUUCUCAUGCCAUGACGUACUUUUUAUUAUUCACUUCGAUAGCACUUCUUUAAAGCUUAUUCUGCACUCCCCAUCAUCUGGAGAAUCAUACCGGUCGUGAUGAACUAUGCUCCAAGGUGAUUAAGUUGAAGUAAAAACCAAUGGUCACUCCUAGUUAUUGAUUAUUUCUAUGGAUGGGUUUUCAUGGCUUGUGACUUGUUUUCUGAAACUGUAUGCUGACUAGUUUCUUGACCUCUUUUGUUGAAUUAAGUAUGCAAUUUGGUGUUUAGUUUUACUGAAAUUGUAGGGGUUGAUUCCCUAGGACUAAAGCAAUACAAUCAGGUUUGGUGCAGAUCAGUAUACCGACCAAUCUAUAAUGGUGAUCAAA